AUGGAAAUGUCAAUUUUGCUGCCAGAAGCACACAAGUUUUUGGUGGUGAUCCUCUACACUUCAUCGGCGGAAGAAGUAGCAACGGUUUCCGAAAAUUGGAGAGUGGACCAAGAUGUCAUGUUUUAUCCAAACUUCAAGGGACCGAAAUUGGAAAAGGCUGUAAGAAGUCACCAAACUCCCGACUCAAAUUGGCCCAGUUACCCUUACAUGCUGCUUAAAAUUUGUGAUGACUGGAAAGUUGCCAGAGGGUGGGAAAAAAGAGCGUUGAACCCUGAUUCUGAUUUGCUUACUUCGAAUGUGGAAAAGCCGAAGAAAAGAAGAUCUUUACCUCCUCGUCGGUUCAGCCCUACAAUGGAAAAGAGAUCAAUCACAAACGGCCCUUCAACAUCAACCCAAAAGUGCGCUAUUAGUUCAGAGGAGGAUAGCGACUCGUCUCCCGACGAAACGAUUGAAGACACCUUACCAGAUUUGGAUGAAGAUCUAGAAUCGGAGAAUGAAGUUACCACUUUACGAGAGAGUCCUGUCCAAAGUCAAGGCAAGUCAGCAGCCGAGAAAAAAACCAACGAGAUCAACAUUGCAAAGGCAAACGCUGCCAAGUCCAACCUUUUAAAGACAAACGCUCCCAAGGUAAACGCUACCAAGACAAACACUGUCAACACGGUUGCUGAAUAGCCUGUCACUGCUGAAGCCAGUGCAAACAAAUCCCGUCAUUUGAACAAUCUCGCGAAAUGGUUUUCCCCAAGAUCUUCAACACGCAGAAGGAUGGUGUCGAAACCAUCAUUCGUUUCAAGCAGCCACUUGGUAUUAAGCCCCUCUCUCCCCUCCGUGACAUGAACCACCAGCUUCCGGCUCCAAUGUCGUCUUUAGUUUCCAGUCAUCAGCAUGUCGCAGCUUCUCCUGGCUCCAAGAGGCGUUUUUUUGUCGAUAGCAAUACUUCAUCUUCCCUCAAGAAACCCGCGAUUGCUCAAGAAUCCUCCUUCGACAAGAAUGUUUCUCGGCUGACGUUGAAGAAACCUUGCGAGAUCCUCCAAUGUGUUAAUCGACUGGAACAGAAAAUUGAUCGACUGCUGGCCUUCCAGGACAACCAACACAUUGAAGACCUCUUCGACGAAGUUAUGAAGUUGCCUGUUGACGACUGGGACAGCUGGCAUAUGCUGGAGGAUCUUUUGAAGGACAAACGCAAUUGCAUCAA